GACAGGAGGGUGCGCGGCGGCACGCUGAUAGUGUGCCCCAUGACGCUGCUGAGCCAGUGGAAGGCUGAGUGCGAGGCGCACACGGCGCCCGGGCUGCUGUCCGUGCUGCUGUACUAUGGGUCGGGGCGGGACUCAGAGGCUCGCUUCCUGGCACAGCACGAUGUGGUCAUCACCACCUAUGGGACGCUUCACGCUGAAUUCAAG